UUCGCUUCAGUGAAUAGACGGCAGAAUAACUUGCUCUCUCUCUGCGGAACAGACGCCGGAGAGCGAGCCUCGGCGAGGAAGUGCACUUAAGAAAACACCGAGACAAAAGAGACCAUUCAAAACAAUCCUGUGGACGAUUUUCAAACAGGAUCUUAUGUGACAGCUGCUCCAAAGGAAACGAACGCAUCGAGAGAUUUAGAGCCAUCGAUCGCCUGCUAUUGGAAUUGUACUCAAUUAUUUUUUACGACGCUUUUUAAUCUCUGGAUACUUCGAAAUUUGCCCUUUGUUUUGUUGUCUAUCGCUAAGAUGCGUUAACGCGUUUUCGCCCAGGCGGAUAUGUCUGAUACGUCCAGAGAGCAAACGCUGGCCAAUGGCCCGGCCUCGCGGGGGAGCGGAGAGAGCGCCGGUGGCGGAGCCGUCUUGCGCACCGAGCACUUUGACUUCCCUCAGCCGAGCGAUGGGGACCCGUUAAGGGGAGGGAUUGCCAUGUCGAAUAGUCACCAGUCGAGGUCACCGAUGUGCCGAACCUUCUCCAGGUCCUCUAGUGGCUAUUUUUCCGUCGACAGCGAUUCUGUGCCAAGUUCCCCGCUAAUGCCCAAUAUUUCCGAAGCGCAAGACGGCCAAAGUGAUGAGGUAUGGUUUGCCGAACCUAGCCAGCAGCGCGUGCAGAUGGCAGCACCUGUCGGAGCCAUGGGGCCGGAGAUGGCGGUCGCCCGGGAGCUGCGGCGCAUCGGAGACGAGUUCAACCGCCUGUACUGUCUGGGGGCCGGUGCAGGCGGGAACAACGCGGCCCAGCUGCGCGCCCCCAACGAACACGCCGUCAUCGUGUGGAUGAACGACCUUAUCGGACGUGUAGUACAGUUUUUCCUGCGAAGGAGAUGAUCGACACAUUGAACGCCCAGCAGACGCGUAGCAGACAUGUAGCAUCAUACAUCUGACUGUAAAUAUGUACAUAAUAAGGGAUAACAGCAGCGCUGCUCUUCCGCAAACCUCUCCGGGUUUCGGCGUACAGUUUUGGACCUGUCGGGAUGUGUGCAGACCUGGACGGAUACAUAAAUCGGGACCCUCGGCCAUCCAUAGACUGACUCACAGCAGAGUUUCCUGCGUUCACAUGGAAAGCUGAGCCAUUAGAUGCUGUGUUGACGUGGAGGUUUUUUUAACCCCACGUGGAGUGUGGAAAACGUGCCUUCAUUGCCUGUUUGCCCUUGACACGUCUCUCUUUUUGGUCUUUACCCUGUCUUUUUCUUUAUUGCUUUUAUAUUUAUUUUCACUGUAUUUAAUUUGUACAUUUUGUGUAUAAUUUGAACGUGGACGUUAGUCGGUCAAGCGGCGAUAUUAGUGGUUCUGCCUGUCCCUCGCGUGUUCAAUGGCUCCAGGUUUGCACUUGCCUUUGGUUUGCGUAGUCUAUACAAAUCAAAUAGAAUAGAAGAUGACAAACCCCAAAACAGAAAAUGAAGUCGGAGUUUUUAUACAAUUGCAAUUGAGGAUAUGACCGAAGCUCACAAUAUAUAGAAAUUUUACCUAUAUUAUUUGCAUAUAUCAAAUGCAUUCUCACUUUGAAGCCACAUAAUUAAAGUCCUUUUCACAUGACUCCCAAUGCAUUGAGAAAUUUAAAGCACUGAGCUACUGCAUUGCAAGCUUUGUUACAAAUGGAAGGGACACAUGAAUAUUUUCAUUAGGUUAUAGUCAGUAGUCUGAUAAACUGAAAGGAAGACAUUGGCUAGUUACAGUAACUUGACGUUACAGUACGGCUGACACUUUCCAUUUUAGUGUGUAUUUGGAAGAAAUUACAAAAAUAAAAAUGACUUCUCAAAAGAUCCCAUGCUUAGGGUAAAUUUCGUGGCAGAAAUUUCAAUAGGAAUCAAUAGGAGAGUUUUGCAUCAGAGCCAAAAAAACGUUUCUUGCACAGAUUUCACUCGUGUUCAAGUUGGUCAUGUGGUGAUCACCGUUUUGACCGACCGAAAGCUGCUUGGUUUGAAAGCACUCCUGUUUGAGCGGCAGUGACUACUAGACCUUUCUUGGCCUGUAGACUUAUAACCGUUGAUUUUGCCUAAAACAUAAAAUCAAUUAUUAACUUGAACCCUCUUUUUAAAGCACGUUAUAUAGAACUCAAAAUGAACCUACAUUUGACAAACUGUGUUUCUUACCCAGAAAAUAGCUUUUGCCGUUUUGCUAUCUUCAAAGCUUUUCCCGCUAAGAUCAAAGUGCCUGCUUUAUGCUUGUGUUUAAAGAUGAGAGUCAUGUGUGAAGGUCUUCUGAGCACCUUCAGGUACUCCUAAAUCUCACAGUUCGAGCAUUGUUUUAUGCGUUUGAAUUCCUGCCGCUGAUUAAAUCAAAUCUGACAGGCAAAGAUAGUAAGUGUAACUAACAUAGACAUAUUUGUUGUUUUGACAUCAUAAACAUUCCACAUUUGGUAUUUCGGUUUUUGUUAGAUUCCUUGUUUGGACUGUUUGUUUGUUUUUUAGUAAGCAAAAGUGACAUUUAAUUGAUGAUUUCAUUAAUGUUCAAACAGCAUGUUUUAAUGACUAUUUUUGUGAAUGUAGUUUAGGUCAAGGGGAUUUAUAUGGAAUAGCUUUCUUCUGAAGCGAUCGUACACACAGAAGAAACUGCGUUUAAGUGCCUUGCUCAGGGGCACAAUGGUGAUAGAUCAGGAUUUUAUUCACAGGAACGUGGUUUAUGGUUACACCAAAUUUGAGAUUGAAAUUUGCAACCGUUCUAGUUAAUUGCCCAUGUCCUCUAGUAGCGUACGCAUUACAACCACAGCCUUACCCCGAGUCUAACAAACUGGCCUGACUAAAUGAACUUUAACAGCCUCAGGGACUAAGGGAAAUACACCUGUGUAGAUUUCUUGAACAAAACCAGUCUUCCGUCUUUACUUCAGCUUAUAGAUUCUCCCGGCUUUGCCUUUUAUUACCGUUUGUCCCAGUAUUCCAGUAAUCAAUGCACAAGGCUCAGGAUGAGUCGUCAAGUAUGUUGGUAUAACAAUGAUGUGUUUUUAUAAGUUGCAAAGAUUUAAAUAUGAACUGAUGUAUUGACUACCUACCGUGAAAGGUAUUGCUGAAAGUUAAGGAAGUCGGUUAGACAAUUCCACUUGUGGAAGAUGCAUGGCCCUGUGUUAUCAUAUGCAUUUGUUUGUAUAUCGGUUUUGUUGCUCUUUGCCAAAAUGACAAUGUUUAGCUUGUCUACCGUUCCAGGUUUACCACUCGAACCAAAGACCUCGUUUUUCAAUGCAUACUACAUCGUGUCAUGUUGCAUGUGUUCAUUUUUUGCAUUUUCUGAAAGAUUUAUGCAGCAUUCCCGUUCUUUAGCCCUUUGAUUCCAGAACAAAACGUUUUGUUGGGUUUUUUUUCAUGAAUUUCAGGCCAACCUGUGUAUUUCUCACUGGACCUCUGACUGAGUCUUUUCAGUCCUGUUGCACUGAACACCCGCAUUACCCGAUCUGACGCCACCCAGGACCCAGUACAUUUGUAGCACAAUGAUUAUUUGUUUCUGUUUGUUUGUUUUGUUUGUUAAAUGCAUCUUUUUUGUAUUUUGCACUGAACCAUUUCUGUGCUAAUUUGUGCAAUACUGCUGUAAAUAAAAGCCGCUUUUUUCAACUUUCUAA